UGGGGUGGUGGGAGGUCGUCUCCGGUCAUGUCUCCAUCUCGCGAUCCAUACACGAUAUAUUCGUAUUUUUUCAGGAAUUUUGUUUCAUGUACAUCUUUUUGUUUACAACCUCAACUUUUGAAAGUUAUCGCUUCCUCGGCUGAGUCCAAGCCUGGCGUCAAUUAUCAGAUUAUAAGACAUUUAUUAGCAUUACAUGUAUUGUCAAAGAUCAGUUCAUAUAUUUCAGCAGAGAAAGAAAAAUUUCAAUAUUAUUUUUUUGAGCCUUUUAUUUGCUCUAGGAUCGUAUGUCCGUGUGUUACCUGUUAAGUUUACGGCCGCGAUUGACCUGGUACUGCACGAAGCAUACAAUGUAAACAAUGUAAACAAUAUAACACUGAAGAAUAUUACAUAAUUUGCAUGUCAUCAAACACGACGGUAUGAGAGCUAAAAGGUUACUGAAGUCAGCUAACUCGGCCAGCGCUUAUGUCUUUACAAGGUUCUUUUCGAGAAGAAAGGUGGGUGAGUUGGACAAGAAAUACGUUCUUAUCACGGGCUGCGACUCGGGUUUCGGUCAAGAAACCGCCAUUACAUUGGACAAGAUGGGGAUUGGUGUGUUGGCGACUUGUUUAACGAAAGAAGGAGAGCAGAGUUUGAAAGCUGCGACAAGCGACAGAUUGAAAACUUUCCAGUUAGAUGUUACUAAUUCAGAGCAGAUUAAAACCCUCUACGAGCUAGUAAAGGAACAACUGCCCUCGGAUCAAGGUCUGUGGGGACUAGUAAACAAUGCCGGAAUUACUCUAAUUGGACCAAUAGAGUGGAUCCCGCUGGAAAAGUCCAAACGCAUUGCUGACGUUAAUCUGUGGGGGAUGAUUGACGUCACAAAAACCUUCCUGCCGCUCGUCAAGAAGGCCCGGGGACGAGUAGUAAACUUAUCGAGUAUGUUAGGUAAGUGUAAAAUAAUUUCUUUCAUUUUUGGCACUAGAACCAUGAAUACUGGACACUUUUAGUGCAUUUUUCUAAUGGCUUUGGAAUGGAGGCUAUCCAUAUCGACAAAAUUAUUUUAGCAUUUUUUUCACUGUUAAAGCGAUAAUCGUUUACAUUAUAAGAUCUCUCAUUCUGUAGUCAAUAAAAUAUACAAAAAAUGUAAAGUAUUCGCUGUUCGAGUGGCCCCAAUAUAACGGACACUCACCUUUUCUGUUUGUUAAACUAGCUUUCAUGUUUUAACGAUGCCCACAGAUUGAGCACGUGUUGACGACUGAUGGCAUUUUUUCUCAUUUCUGUCUUCUACUAAAGUUGAAGUCGACAAAACGCUCCAGCGCGUUCGGUGACAAAAUGAAAUUACAAAAGUCGUUUCAAAUUUUGUUUCUUGAAUCUUUUCCUAGGCAAUGUUUCGUGCAACGUGUUUAGUAGCUUGCGAACAGGUUCUCUAGUUGAGGAUGGGGCGAAGAGAGACCGGGAAGAAAGAGGAGAGAAGAGAGAGGAGGGAAGAAAGAAUAGGUGCCACCGCUCCAAUCGCCUCUCUCCCCCCCGGUCCCUUAACCCCCCACUCGGCCACUUCACUCUCAGCCAGUUCUUUUGCAGC